AUAUAAUUAGCAGGAAAUUUUCAGGUUAAAUCAUUCAAAACUGGUUCUUUCUUCUCAAGUGUAUUGCAUCUUACUGGAAAGAAUAUUGCUUUUAGUAGGUGCUUCCAUUCUGCGACAGUUAGGCAACAGCCGUAACGUGGAUCUAUAUAGAGCUAUCUCUGUAAGAAGUUCUCAUUGCUAUUGGUAUAAUUGGCUUAUAUUAUGUGAUUCAGAGAAAAAUUGCGCCGUACGAUCUUGUUGCCAGUGAAUUAAUUCCCCAAGAACAGCGUCAAUAGUAACAAUGAAGGAAUUUUACAAAAGGAAGACUGUAACGCGACAUAUAUGAAUGGAGUUUUAAUUUGAUGCUCAGGAAAAAAAUGGAUACUUUUUGCUAUAUCGGUGGGAGGCGGUGCUUUGUUGAAUAAUUACACAAACACGCCGCUGUCAAGGAGAAAGAAUUAAAACCUAUUAAUAGAAGAAUAUUUCUCAAAAUCGUGACAAGCCGUCUGAGAUAGAUUUCUUGACAAAUUUAGCCGAGAACAAGAAUUAUAGGAAAUACUUCCCACAGUUCUGGUCUAUAGGCUGAACAAAGAGACUCAAAACAAAUAUUGGACUUUUUACAACGCACCAUUUAAUUCUUUUGAAAAUAUUACAGCGUGCUUUAAUCUGUCAAUAAUUAAUGUUCUGGAAAAUGAUCGACACUAACACGCUGGAAAUAAAGAAAAGCAAGCACUGAUGGACUUGAAUACUAUAAAUGAGUGUCCGGUUCGAGCCUUGAUAUAGCCGACAACACGGGUCAAUGGCAGUCAAUAAUGUACCUACUGCGACGCCUGGUGUCCCCGACGUCCGAAGUCAGCGACUUGAAGGAGCAGGCUGAAGCUUCGAAACUCAUCCGCAGGUUCGGUCGUAAGGGCAAGGGGAAAGGGCAGUUCAAUAUGCCAACGGGCGUAGCCGUUACCAAAGCAGGUGACGUGGUUAUAUCUGAUACCGAAAACCACAGAAUUCAAAUAUUUGGCAGUGAAGGUACAUUUAAGCAUAAAUUUGGAACGCGUGGGACAGAACUUCAGAAUUUGUGUUACCCGAUCAGUGUUGCUAUGACAACCGAUGACUGCAUUGCUGUCACGGAUAGUGUAAACGCUUGCAUUAAAGUGUUCUCACAAAAUGGCGAUUUUCUAAACAAAUAUGGUAACGACACAUUUCUAGAAUUUCCAUAUGGACUGGCUAUUAGCCACGAUAAUUUCAUGAUAGUCUCAGAUAUAUGUAAGCAUUGUAUAUAUGUGCUCUACCCGAGUGGAGGAAUAUGUAGCGCAUUUGGUUCUUACGGAAGCGAGCCAAAAGAGUUCGACCAUCCGUAUUUUGUGACUGUUAAUAGAGAAAAACAGAUUAUUGUAUCCGAUUCUGGGAACUGCUCAAUUAAGAUCUUCCAGUUCGAAGGAAAACUAUUAAGGGUUUUCAGUAGCAAGGAGUAUCGUAUAGGGGAUAAUUUCUGCGCCCUACAGGGACUGUGUACCGACUCACAGGACAAUACAAUCGUUAUAUGCAACAACGCUGUGUACAUAGUUACCAAAAAUGGCCGACUAUGGGAGGUGCUCACAUCAAAAGAUGGACUCAACUACCCAAAAUGCAUUGCGUUUUCGCAAUCCGGGCGCCUGGUAGUUACCCAGUCAGUGGCUAACGACAGAAACGAGGCUGUUAUUAUGGAGUAUAAUGCAGACGACUUUAAAUCACUCAAUUCGUUAUUACUUUAUGCAAUAUCUGUAUAGCAUAUAUACUUUAUAUUUGUCCUUUCAAAGCCAAAACAUAUUUCCCUAAAUGUAUCCAUUGUCCACUUCACACGCGAUACGUCCGUAGAGUUAUCAUAUUAUUUUGUACUUAGAAUACCCGUAAUCUUAAAUGUCAUACAAAAUUGUGUAUGUUUCACUUUCUAAUUUCUAAUUGCUAGAAAGGUGUAAUAUUAGAAUAUAGGAUUUUCAUCACCACAAUAUCUUUCUGAACUAAUGGUAGAUUUCUCAGUUAUAUGCGCGCAUAUUAAGUUUGUUUUAAUAAAGUACGGAAACUGCUGUUACAUUUCACCUGCUCUAACAUCUACAUUCGCCCGUUAACUUGACAAUGCUCGUUUUAUAGGGGAAUUCAGAUACAGUCCACGUACAGUUAACUGUCUCUAAUAUCUGUCAUUGUCUAAUAAAUAAAGCUCAUUAUACGGGAGAAAAUCAAAAAUACUUUCAGCACCAUUAUAUUCUUACUGUAUAUUCUUCUUAACUUUGCCUUUAGUGUUAACAGAAAUUAGUCUAUGAACUCGCUGUCUCUCUCUCUGGAUAAUAGUAACAUUUCACAAUAACACUGUCGACUUUCAACUGUUACACUGUCACUUUCUAUAUCAUAUCGGCAGACGGUAACAGUUACAAGUUUUGAUGUUCUAGUAUCUGGAAACAGCAACAAUUACGCCGCCACUAUCUGUAUCAUUUAGUAUCAGCAAACAGCAUCAGUAAAAAUCGGUAAAAUUUAGUAUCAGCAAACAGCAAAUGUAUACCGUCACUAACUGUAUCAAAAAUCGGUAAAAUUUAGUAUCAGCAAACAGCAAGUGUAUGCCGUCACUAACUGUAUCAAAAAUCGGUAAAAUUUAGUAUCAGCGAACAGCAAAUGUAUACCGUCACUAACUGUAUCAAAAAUCGGUAAAAUUUAGUAUCAGCGAACAGCAAAUGUAUACCGUCACUAACUGUAUCAAAAAUCGGUAAAAAAUAGUAUCAGCAAACAGCAAAUGUAUACCGUCACUAACUGUAUCAAAAAUCGGUAAAAAUUAGUAUCAGCAAACAGCAAAUGUAUACCGUCACUAACUGUAUCACCAAUCGGUAAAAGUUCCACUUUUUUACGUACCAGUAUCAGCAAACGGUAGUUGUUUAAAAUAGACUUUCUGGACAGGAUUGAUUCUGCCUUUGCGACCAAUGUAGAUCUUGAUCAGCCUGCACAUCCAUGCAGUCUGAUAAAGAUCUGCAAUGUUUGCCAUUCAGUCAGUAUCUUUCAGUAAGCACCGCUUUUAACAGUUAAUGCCACUGUCCAAAUUGAAAGAUGGAAAAGUUCACUUUAGAAAUUUAGCAGGGUAAGGGUAAAUAUAUAACAGUUGUCGUUCACUGAUACAAUUGUUGUAAAAGAUGUAUAAUAAUGAUAAUAAUAAUAAUGAUAAUAAUAAUAUUAAUAAUAAUAAUAAUAUGAUAAUGACCGUUGAUAUAAAAAUGGCGUUGAAACAGAUGGUGUUGUCACUGAUACUGCAAAAAUACAGAAGAGGUACAGAAGAAAUUCUUUAAGAUUAUGAAAACAAGACCAGAAUUGCAACGACUGUAGAAUUUACAAAUUUUCCUUUCACUAAAGAAAGCUGUGCAUUUAGAUUUAUCCCAAGCAGACAUGAAACACGGCUGAAACAAAUUGUUAUCAACAAUUAUGGGUGGUAUGUCUCAUAAUGAGGCAUAUUUGGUUAAAAACGCGUGUUGCUUCAGAGGUGACACAUACUUUUUGAACCCUUACCCUGCUAAAUUUCUAUAAUGAACUUAUCCAUCUUUAAAUUUGGACAGUACCAUUAACUGUUAAUAGGGGUACUUAUCGAAAAGAUACUGACUGAAUGACGAACAGUGCAGAUCAUGAUCAGACUGUCGCAAAGGCAGAAUCAGUCGUGUCCAGCUGGUAAAGGUUAAACGUGUAACACUACCAACUCGAUUAUCCAGAGAGACAUGUUUUAGCAUAAUUAGGACAGUGUGUAGUUUUUAUAAGAUUUUAUACUAGUACUAUAUACUCAUUAUUGAUAUUCAUCAUGCCAUGUGUCACACAUUUACUAUAGAAAGUAUUCACAAACGAAACAGGUUUAUUUUUAUCAGAGACACCUUAAGAUGUGUCACUGUUUUAAUUGAGAAGGUAUUUUUUAUUAGCAUUGGCAACUUGAGAGUGAAAACCAAAUGAUUCAUUCAGUUAUGUACACAUUUUUGUCGAACUGUCGGCUUACUCUAAAUAUAUUGACUAAGAUUAAACUGAUGUCUAUGUAAAAAACUUGAAAAUGAUAUUCUGAUGUAUAUCUUGGGACAUGUUUUCGUGAUUUCCCGCUCCCCCACAAUCUCACUGCGCAAUCCCCAUCCGAACAGCAAAACUGUUUUAAGACUAUUGGUAUAAGUUGUUUUAUCAAAACUUUACUCGAGUAAUACGAGGGAUGCAGAUUCCGUUUUCAUGCCUACAUAUAAUGAAAUUCUUUCACUGUUUAUCAUCUAUGAUGAUGAUUUGCAACAUUUUUUUGUUCGAAGCUAGAAGUGUGAUAUUUCUAAUUACAAAGGAUUCUAUUUAGAAAGUAACUCGUCAUAAUAUUAUAUUGAUUUUUGUAAAGUGAGUAAUAUACAUGAAGAUUGUAUUAGUUAACUUAACAAGUACGUAUAUGGUGAAGAAACUGCACACAAAUAGAAUGAUUUGAAUCUAAAACAUUUGUGACUACUCGUUCACAUUUAACUCGUUCCUCAAUUAUGUCGUUCCUCAAUUAACUCGUUCUCAAUUAACUCGUUCUCGUUCUCUGUUAACUUGUGCAGAGAAAAGUACAAACUCCUUAACAUCGAUGUAAGGAUAUGAUUUUGUAAUGCUUAAUGAAACAAAACCGUGAUCAAGACAUUAAGAAGCGAUUGUAAAACUUUUCAUUCCUAAUAUACGACGUGUAACUUGAAGUUUCGCGUUGCAAGAUUCAGGAUUCCAGUUAGGUACACUUGAUCUAAAUCCAUAAGAUUUCUAUCGGGAAAACAUUUUUCAGAAUUAUGCCAACCUUCAACAAAACCUGCAUGACUAGUAGACACCAAAUUUGAACAUUCAGCUGUGGGCGAAUUACCAUAAUGUACAAAAGAACUGGUAGUUCGGACAAAUAAAAUUUCACUUAUGUGGAAUUUAAAGAUGUUGCUCUUAAUAACAACAAAUAUUUCUGUCCUAUUUUAUCUUAUGUCAUGUUAGAAUUUAUAAAACAUUUAUAGCUUCAGAGGUAUACAAUAGUAAAAAGGUAAAUUGAAUAACCCGGUCUCAUAGUUGUUAGUCGAGUUUAAUGUUAGUGUACAUACUUAGCUUCUUGUAGUACAUUUUUAAAGCUGUUAUUGUUUUUGUUUGUAACUUAUCGAAGACAUAAAUAAUAAACACAAA